AUGGCAGCCGCCGCCAGCUCCGCGCGCAAACUGCCUGCCCAUCUUCUCAGCGCCCCUCCUUCCCCCUUACUCUCGCCGCCGAAUACACAGCUCCCCCGCCUUGCCUCCCCCGUCUGUGUGUGUGAGGCGUGGAUUGGCUGUCGGACCGACCGCUCAACACUACUGCCAAUCACGGUCGGCCCCGCCUCUUUCCCCAGCACAGGAAACACCCCUGCAGAUCGCGGCCAGCCCGGGGCGGCCGCCGCCUCCCAUUGGUCCGCCUUGUUGUCCGUCCUUCGUAACCCCGCCUCCCCGGACAGGGCGCAGCGAAGCCCGCCUCUCCUUCUUGCGCCGCCCGCUGAUUGGCUCGCUGCCGAAGGACUGCAGUUUCCUAUUGGCUCUGCCACUGCCACUCUGGCGCGCGGCCCGGUCGGCUCGCCGCUGCCCCCUCGCCCCGCGCGCCGGGCGCCCCGCCCGCCGCCGCCCCGCCCUCCGCGGAGUCACGUGAUGUUUUCGCCGCGGUGCCGCCGCCGCCGCCCGUGA